UCUAUAGAAAUUGAAAUUGCAAUAGUGAUGGAAAUAUUAGGAACUCAAAUGGAAACCUUUAGAACUUGCCAACGCCCUUUGGCUUGCGGACAUCAUUGCGGGGGCAUACCUAAUGAAAAUUAUUGUGCACCUUGUAUGGUGGAGGGAUGCCAGGAUGACAUUUACUAUGGAGACGGUCACUGUAUAGUGUGCGCUGAACCCUGGACUUCUAAACCCAUCAUACAGAUUGUUUGUGGACAUUUGUUCCACUAUGACUGUAUCCGACAAAUGUUGAAGAAUCGCUGGCACGGAUCAAGGAUCACGUUUGGAUUCAUGCUAUGUCCUUUAUGUAAGGUUUCGAUAAGUCAUCCUGACCUUUGUGAAAUAAUGUCACCUUUGAUGCACCUGUACGAUAAAAUCAAAACCAAAGCACUCACUCGUCUACAGCAUGACGGAUUGUUCCAAGCCCAAGACAUCACCCAACCAUCAGGAAAAUAUUAUAAAGACCCGACUGGGUUUGCAAUGGACAAAUACGCAUACUUCAUGUGUUCAAGAUGCCGACAGCCGUACUUUGGUGGAGAGGGGCGUUGUCAAGACGAGGUUGAGGAGGCGGAUCCAAAAGAAUUGAUAUGUCCACUGUGUAGUGAUACCACCAAAAACAAAGUGUGUUCCCAGCAUGGAUUAGACUACCUGCUAUACAAAUGCCGAUAUUGCUGUUCGCUGGCUCUGUUUCAUUGUUUUGGUACCACUCAUUUCUGUGAAACUUGCCACAAUGAUUACACAACUGUCCACGACAAACCAGAAGAAAGCUUGCCAAAAUGUCCUGCAGGUCCCUGUGGGAAACAGCUUUCAGGCUCCGAAUGCCCCCUGGGGAUAGAGCACCCUCCCACUGGUGAAGAAUUCGUCAUUGGCUGUGCCAUGUGCAUAAACUCUAACUCUUUUUAAAUUACAGUAAAACUUGUUCUUACACAUGUACACAUUUUUGUUCUUGUUUAUGUAAAUAAAUUAUGUGAA